UCUUCGGACGCGGAUUGCGGCAACCAUACCUGUUGUUGUUGAUGUUCUUUUUUUUAUUCAAAAUCAUUAACGUUCGAUUGCGCAACUACAAUUCAAUUGUCGUCGGGAAAUUGAGCGUUUGGACGAAAAGAAAAGAAACGAAAUCACCACAUACACAAUCAAGUAAACCGUUGCGAAACAAAAGCGCGCUCGCAAUUAAAACCGCCUCAUAAAUAAAUAAAACUUAUAACCACAUAAGAUACAGAAUUUAUAUAUGUAUGUGUGUAUGUAUGUAUGUACAAGAAAUGAACAGUUUCUAGAGAAAACAGGGAAAUUAAAUGUUCGGUAUAAAAAGCAAUUAGUCUCCUUCCAUAUAAUGCGAGCAUACUAAACAGAGCGCUAAUUAGCACGAGACGCAAAUAGUAAGGAGCGUUGCAACGUUUAAUAAAUAUCGUUUUUAAUGAAUGAAUCUUCGUUUGUAAAUUGCAAAUCCAGUUGGAUUCAGGUCGACCGAAUUAGACCGAAUUCUAAUGCUCGUCGCCCGGCAACGCUUAUUGUCAUGUUUGAUCGAUCGCAAUGUCCGACGCUGACGUUCCUUUAUCCAAAAGCCAAACAGAAUGGGUCAAGUUGGGUAAGGUGAGACAUUUGUACUUCAUCGGUAAAGAGAUUUGUUGCUUCUACGGAGGAUGUCACAUACUCUUCGUUCACGUAGUCAGCGGACAACAGAGACUUUUAAGGGUGAACGACUCAGAGAUAGGAGAAGGUGUAAGAUGUUUUGCAGGACACCGCAGUUUGCCUUUCUUUGCUUAUGCAGAGAAAUGCAAGAAACCCAAAAUCAAAGUUCUUUCCUAUCCAGAGUUCAAAAUCAUAUCGACUAUGCACGAUGACAACUGUGAACAGUACAUCCGUACGGUCUUCACGGAAACUGAAUUGAUGAUAGCCUUGACCGGUUUUCCUUCUUGCACGAUGGUCGUCUACAAAUGGCGUACAGGGGAAUACGUGGCUUCAGCAUCGACCGAUUUGAUUUACAGCAAGCAGAUCUUACGUUCGAACUUCGGAUGCCCGGUGAGGUUGUUCCACGUGAUCAAGUACACCACUCAGGUGUACGUCUGGGAAGUUUCGAUGUGCGGAAGGAAGUGCAUCAUGAACAGCGAGAAGAUAUCCCACAGAGAUCCACUGAAUAUGAAAGGUAUCACCUCAAGUCAUUGGACAACAGACGGAGCUUUAAUUGUAUGCGAUACCAAAGGAAAUAUUUACACGUUGAGUACCGAUUAUAAACUAGACGAGAUUAUCCAUUGGGACGAGGAUGGUCCUAACACGGCCACGUUCUGCUGGCACAAGAAUGGAGCAUUAAUUCAAGGUUGCACUGGAGAGAUUCGACAUUAUGUAAAGACUGGUGAUUGGGUCUUAAAUUGGAGUGUACAUACCCCAUUGUCGAUUAAGAAGUUCAACGGACGUGAACAUUUAGUUUGCAUCACUCAAAUCAAUGACGUUAGACUAUUCAAUGAGCAGACCAAAGAUUUUGAUAAAGUCUGUGGAGAUUCUAGCAGAAUUAGUGACUUUGCAAUAAUAUUUCCAAGAGGAAAGACGUUUGUGACUCUAUCACACCAACGUAAAUUAAACUUGUGGAAUAUAGCAACCGGUUUAUUGCUGAAUCGUAUUAAAUUUGAAGGCGAAAAACUGGUAGAAAUAGCAUCAAAUCCCAAAUAUCCUUACGUUGCUGUUACCAACAACUUGGGUAUGCUUCGUUUAUACUCCGCGCUCGAAGAUACUUUAGAACUGAUGACUUCUUUUCAAUUAUGUAGACAACCCUUGAAUGUAGUCAAAUUCUUCGAGGAUUCUAAAAUAAUUGUCACAGGGAACAUGGAUACUGGAGAACUAUUUGUUAUAGAAGGAGUUCCUGGGUCAAAGUUCAAUAUUAUUGGAAACGUAUCUGCUGAUGCACAGUUAGCUGAUUUAAUUUUAGUUGGGAGCAAAGCUUGUAUUCGUUUGUUUACCAUCGUGAUUACAUCAAAUAUGUUUUGCGCAGGCAACAAUAUAACGCGUUUCUGCAUCACUAAAGCAGGAACGACGGUGAAAACUUACGAACUGGAACAUCCGGAACGCCUUUACACGCGAUUAUACGUCUCCCUGGACCCGCAAAAAAGAGAUCGCAUAUUCUAUGCCACCCCAAUGGAUAAUAAGAAUCUUCAUGAAUUGGAAACUAAACGAGCGGAUACGCACGCUCGUAUAAUCAAUCGAAUUCCAUCCGGACAUUGGAUGAAGCGAAUUUGUUAUUACUUUACAGAGCAAUACAUCCUCACUUAUGGCUACGAUGGUUUAAUCAUGGUUAGACCAGCGAACGAUAUGACCCAGAUAUUGUACACUUUGAUGCCUCAUCAUCGUAUAGAUUGUGGAAUCAAAAGAGCUGCAGCAACGCCGGAUCUUAAAUAUGUGAUCUCCUUAGGUUUCGAUAAUAUACUCGUUGGAACAUCUGUAACAGAUAUCAAAGUCAAUGAAGAAUAUGAAGCCAAGGUCGAGUUGCUAAUGCAGGAAUAUACCGAGAUGUUCUCCAAACCUACUAUUGGCUUUAUUCCUAUUGGUAUUUUGGAGGGAAAGGCUUGGUCUGAAUAUUACGAGCUUAUGAGAAUCGAAGGCGAACGUAUCAAGUAUGAAAAAGAACGCAAUUCAAUCUUAAAGGAAUUCCAACGCAUCAAGACUGCUGUUUGCGAUCUCUUGACGCAGAACUCGGAAGGACCAGAAAACGAACUUCUGGAUUUGCAGGAUUUCAAUUUAGAUUUGAACUUGAAGGAAGAAAAGAUUAAAGCUUCCAAAGAAAAAUGCGAUAACACAAAAAUGUAUUUGGAAAAUUUGAUAGCGGAAGAAACUCGCGUCUCAAAGUUAAUCAAAGAGAGGUUUUGGGAUAAGAUUAGUGUCCAGAAAAGAAAUAUGUGGGCAAUCUUUGGAUUCUUCGAUGUUAACAGCUAUGCUAUUCCACCAGCUGAUGGAAUAAAGCAGGAAAAUCUAGUUAAAAUUCAAAAGAAUCGAGAGAUCGAAGAGUUACUUGCCUCGGACACCUUCCAACCUUGGAAAUGCAUCACUGAAGAGGAAUUAAAUGAAAAGCUUAAUGUUAAUCCACAUCUUAAUAUGAACAAGGAACAAAGUUUUAUUAACUUGGAGGAUGAUGAAGAGGAGGAAGAAGAAAAUGAGGAGCUAAUAGAAAGACAGAAUGCUGAAUUUGAAACGUAUACGGCUUUGUGUGGUAGUACAAUUCAUACUUUUGUAGAUUUGGACCCAGGUCAUUACACUCAACCUGAAUUGCAAUCAUUCUAUCAGCAUUACUGGGAUCUUUACAUGUCAAUGAAUGAACAGCAAAAAUUGAUGGAAUUCUUUAACCAAAAGUUUGAAUCAAUGAGUCAAACAAAAAUUCACGAAAUGAGCAGCAUCAUGGAGAAAAACGCUCGAUUGAGGUAUCUGCUGGACGAGUUAAACUACUUUUCUAAAAAUAAAUUGAGCAUUAUCAUUUUUGAUCCUGAAUGGAUGCAAGAUGAAAAUCCUGAAAUGCUGACUAAAGUUGAUAGCAGUGAGGUUUCUAUUACACCAUAUAUAUCUCCAAGUGAACAAGAUUUGUUGGACGCUGAAGCUGCAGAAGCUGAAAGAAUUAGACUCUUACGUUUGGCAGAUGAUUUUAAAGAGAGAGCUUUAAUGAAGAUGAUGAAUGGUGUGUUGGAGGUUCGGUGGGAAGAGGAAUUGCGAAAAGAAGUUCCAAAACCGAAAUGCAUGUUGGAAAAGCAACCUGAAAAGUAUAAUGUUGAUGACUUGAAGGAUAUUAAAGAUUACGAAGCAGCCGUUGUAUUCCUAGCCUCGGAAAGGGAAAGAUACAGAGUUAUUCUUCAAACUGAAUACACGAAAUUAAGCAGUCAAUUACGAGACAAUGUUAAGAAAUUUAAUGAUCGUUUGCAAGAGCUCAUGAUUCUAAAAAUCCAAGUGGAAUCGGCUAAUACUAACGAAAUGUUAAGAGCAAAUAGACUAAGGCAAUGGGAAAUCAAGCGCAAUUUGAUGGACAAAGAAGAUAAUGAUAUAAUGAAAUUGAUAAGUCAAAACCAAUCGACUACCAACUCAUUGUCCUCUCUAGUUGCAUCGCUGAAGGAGUUUAAAAUGGAAAUACGUAGUAACUUGGAGAUGCUACAAAGCAAGGAAAAAUUUUUGGAUAAAAAUUUCCGGAAAGAUUUCCAAGACGUCAGCACUGCUGUAUUUGAGAUGCUCGUCAAACUCUACAAGAAGAGACCCAAAAUUAAUUUACGAACCAUAGGUUCAACCUGCGUUCUCAACGUUACAUCACAAUGCGUUGUUAAUCAUACAAGAUCGAUUUUGUUAUUACCUGAAGCCAUCGAGUAUUUAAACUCUUUGGAUUUUUUGGAUAAAUUCGUUGGUCUUCCUUUGGUGAUUGAUGAACAUAACUAUUCGGUGCUCUGCCGUCAUCGAAGAUUGAAAAUAGAAAGCGAGAUCAAGAUUAGAGCCAGCGCCAUGGAAUUAACUGAAGCCGAAAGUACAAUAGAUAUGUUUGAGAAAAGAUACAUCAAAUCGCGCGAUCUUCAUUCUAUUUUGAUUAAGAAACUAGAAGAUUUAAGAGAGAAGAAGUUUCAGCACAGUUUGAAUAUAGAAUUGCAGAUUGUCCUGAAAGAAGGAUUCGUUGAGAUACCGCGGACAGGAAGCAUGGAUGAUUUCAAAGAUGCCCUUAUCAUUUCUAGAGCUGACGUUGAACAUAUCAACGACGUUAUUAUAGAUGCAGGAAAAAAGAAAAUUAAAGCAAUGAAAAACGCUAUGUGUUUUAAGCGGGAAAUAAUGCUCAAGGAAUGGGAGCACAAGAAGAAGAAAAUGGAGAUCGAAGAUUUGCAUUAUAAAUUAGCAGAUAUUAAGAGUGUUAAGCUCACGAAAGUACUGCAAGAUUUCUUAAAAUCCAAAGCUCGUGGAGAGAGUGCAGAUAAGUUGUUGUCGUUUGAACAUGAAGUCGAAUUGGCUAAACUUAAAUACGUGAAAAUGAUCAAUGAGCAUAAGCAGAAAAUUAAAGAGAUCGAAGGAAAACUGGUCCAACUAGAAAUAGAAAACAAGAAGAUUGACAAGCAAAUCAAGAAAGUCAAUGUUGAUGUUUGUGAUUACCAACUACAUUUUGACAAGAACCUCGAGAAGAAGGAAAAGGAGUUUUUAGAGAUGAAAAUAAAUGCUUACUUGAAGAGGGCGAAGCUCGUGUCUCAAAUCCAGUCCAACCAUAACGAGAUAUUGGUUUUGCAAGCUGAAUUGGAAAUACUGAGGCUGAAAACGUUUCCCGUUCUCGAUUACAAAAUCGACGAGUAG